UCUGAGCAGACUGCAACUUUGGCGUUUACUUACCCAGGAAUAUAGAACAGACUAUGGGCUGCCUUAAAAAUCUCUGGAGAUCCUGCUGUCGAUGAGCUCUCUGCAUGUGGGUGCGAAACAACCAUCAUGUCAUUCUGUCGCAUCCAUGUUGGACAUGGACAACUCAGAAGUGUGCUAUAAAACGGACUUCAGGAGAAGGAAAUCAUUCCGACUGAGAACUCUGGCCAGUGCAGAUGCUAGUAGUGUUAUCUCUGUGAACUAUGGCAAACAAGGAUGCAAAUUUUUGGCCGCUUCUUGCCUACUAUCAGUCACAUUCGCCGCGACACAACUCACCAUUGCCAUAAAUUACAUAAGAGAUGGCGAGCAAGAAACUUUAUUAGCCAACCACGUCAUUAUGCCCAUAAUGCUGUUCAUAUUUGCCGGUGAAAUCGCGUACAUCACCGCGUUCCCAAAGAAACGAAUGAGUUUUCCUGAAAUCCUCAUAUGGACGACGGCUGGAAUGAUAUUUCUAAUGGGUAUCUGUUCACUAUUAUUGACUUUUCGGUCCUUGCCACUUGACAUAACGCAAGCAUCCGAACAACAGACAAGUCGUGUUGAAUGGAUAUCCCUAGCAGUAAAACCUGCACAGUUCAAUAAACCAGCGGUAAUCCCUAUACUUAUCGUGUUUAAUUUAAUUUUCCUGGGGUUUGAUAUACUGAACUCGGUUGCUUUCUUCAAACUCUACAAGCCUAUCAAAGAGGAUGCUGAAGCUCGGGAAGACCAGUCGGAAUGCGACUCAACAACGAGUGAAUAAACCAGUGUCCCUCCAUUUUCUGUUGUCCAAGUUCGUGCACGCGUUAUUGACUGGUUGAUUGUGUUCCAAACGUUCUUGAGCGACUGAUAAAAAC